AUGGCAGACACCACCAACCACUCCACCGACGAUGGCAGGAAGAGGACACGAACAAAACGAGCUGGAAAGCGUGCCGGCAACGCCGUCGUCUACGAUGUCUUCCUCUGGGUCUUCAACAUAGUCGUCGACCUCUUCUUCCGCGAGAUCCACCCGCGAAGCACAUGGCGCAUACCCAAGACGGGGCCUAUUAUCUUCGUCGCCGCGCCUCAUGCCAACCAAUUCAUCGAUCCACUGAUCCUGAUGCGAACAGUGAGGCAGGAUGCCAAGCGUCGGAUAUCAAUCUUGACAGCGGAGAAGAGUAUGAGGAGGGCUUUCAUUGGGCGUGCAGCUAGCCUGGUGGGAGCUGUACCCGUGGGUAGGGCGCUGGAUAGCAAGAAGCCUGCUCCCGGGAAGAUAUAUCUGGCUGAUGCGGACAACGAUCCGACCUUGAUCAGAGGCGGUGGGGUAGACUUUACGGAUAGCAAGAUCUUUGAGAAGGGCGGGACGUUGGUCUUGCCGAGCGUGAACAACGCCGCUGCCAGUGCUGAGAUACAGGAGAUUCUGGGACCAACCGAGCUGCGAGUAAAGAAGCCGUUCAAGGGCGAUGUGGCUACGAAGCAGCUUACUGGUCAAGAUAUUGGGGAAGGCAAUGGACACUUGCCCAAAGGCAGCGAGUCGGAGAAGUCUGGCGAGGAGUUCGAGGGCACGAGCUACGAGGUUGCACCACAUAUCGACCAGGGCAAAGUCUACGAAGCAGUCUUCACAGCUAUUCACAAUGGCGACUGUAUCGGUAUCUUUCCAGAAGGCGGAAGCCACGACCGAACCGAGCUCUUGCCCUUGAAAGCUGGUCUGGCAAUCAUGGCCCUCGGUGCCCUAGCCAAAGAACCAGACUGCGGUGUCACGAUAGUACCAGUAGGAAUGAAUUACUUCCACGCCCACAAGUUCCGCUCGCGCGCUGUGGUCGAAUUCGGCUCGCCAAUAACCAUCAAUCCCGAACUAGUCGAGCAGUACUCAUCUGGUGAUCGAAGAGGCGCCACUAGUAAGGUUCUAGAGAUGGUCUAUGAUAGACUCACGGCCGUCACAACUCUGGCACCCGACUACGAUACUCUGAUGAUGAUUCAAGCGGUACGACGUCUCUACAAUCCCAAAGGCAAACGCCUUCCUCUCCCAUCUGUGGUCGAGCUGAAUCGUCGACUCAUAAAAGGAUAUACGACGUACAAAGACGACCCUCGGAUCGUGAGCUUACGCAAACAGGUUCUGGAUUACAAUAGGACUCUUUUCCGGAUUGGCGUGAGAGACCAUCAACUCUCUUACGCCAAACUCUCAUGGUGGAAAGUCAUUGGGACACUGAUCUACCGCGUUAGCAAACUCGUGGUGCUGAGCGUAGUCGUCCUACCAGGAACCAUCCUCUUCGCUCCUGUCUUCAUCGCGGGCAAGACCAUCUCAACCAUCAAAGCCAAAGAAGCCCUAGCCGCCUCUACCGUCAAAGUCCGCGCACGAGAUGUGAUGGCUACCUGGAAAAUCCUCGUCUCCCUCGCCUUGGCACCAACACUAGACAUCUUCUAUGCCAUUGUCGCCACAAUCUGGACCCAUACCAACCGCAUCGGCGGCCGAAGUCCAGACUGGGUACCCCUCUGGCUCAUGUUCACCACAGUCACCAUCUCCUUCCCCUUCAUCUGCUUCGGCGCCCUCCGCUUCGGAGAAAUAGGCAUGGAUAUUUUCAAGUCGCUCCGUCCCUUGAUGUUGUCUAUUAGUCCUACGUCAAAGAAUACUCUUGUCAAGCUCCGCGAGAGGAGGGAGAGUCUGCAGAACCAGAUCAAUGACAUUAUCAAUGAGCUUGGUCCUGAGUUGUUUCCGGAUUUCGACAAACGACGGAUCAUUUCUGAGGACGAGGCGGAGCCUGUGGAGAGGCCGAGGACGCCUACAGAGGGAAGGCAUAGGAGUGAGAGUGGAGCGGAGGAGAUGGAUGUUGCGCACCUUACUGCUUCACCUCCGGCGUCGUCGUCGGUGCGGAGAAUUAGGACUGAUCUGCCGCAUAACGACUCUUUCCACAAUCUCAACUCCAUUGGGAUUUUUGCCUCACGGCCGGGAUCACCUAACCAUACCCGCUCGCGCACCAACAGCUCAGAUGCCAUACAAUUUGGGAAGAAAGGUUUCGGGUUCAGCCCUAUCGACAGUAGCAAGAAGUCUGGUGGUGUUGCUGGUCGCACGGCCGCUGAGCAGGAUGUGGGGAAGGCGGAUAUGGAUAGUGUGAGUCGGACGUUGCAUCAGCAGAUGAGGGAGAGGGGACGGAGGAGGACGGGAACGGGGAGUGGCAGCAGUGAGUGGGAGGUUCAGGACGCGGAGACUCCGGGGGAGAGUGAGGGUGGGACGGAGAUUCUGACGCCGGGGAGUGAGACGUCGGGGGAGAUUUGGAAGAAGGACAUUUGA